CCCAACAAGAAUUGUUAUUCCCCCACAAGACCCUCGAGGACCCUGAAAGGUUGAUCUAAUAUAAUCGUUGCGGGGACAGUUCAACUAUAGCUUUCUCACUCUGUAACUACGCAACAAACUUAAAGAACUUCUCUUGUGAUAAGGCUUCAACAAGCUUCUUACAAUUUGAAGAACCGCUCGAUUGAUGAAUUAUAACAGCAGGACAUCGGCUCCUGUCCCACAGCGUUCACCUUCCCACCUCAACUCUCUGCUCGGAGCCUCGCUCAUCACUCUAUCCAAAAUGGUUUCUGUCCAGCCUUCAAGCAUAUCGCCUGAGUCUGUCGACGUUAUAAUCACCUUUCGGAAUGAAUCUUCACCCAUAUACAUUGCCACCGAUGUAAUGGGCUGGCAACCGCAACUAAUGACUAGUACAAAUGGAGAAGCAUAUGAGCACGUGAUCACAGUGCCUAAGCAGCAACGAACACUCCUUUAUAAGUUUAGAAUUGGUGACAACCACUGGGUGCAUGAUGCUUCAGUGUCUGCAGAACCUGACAACCUAGGGGGGUUCAACAACCGAUUUGAGAUUCCAGAUAUCUCAUAUCCUGAAUCAAACAUAGCCCCUAGUGAAUGCUCCGAAGCUACCGAGCUCGAGAGUGUGGCCGCGGUUGAGUCGGUCGCCGACACAGUUUCCGAAGUGGCCGAUGACGAAUCAGGUGUUUCGCACGACGAAGCAGAUUUCAUAGAUGUUGACGACGUAAUCUCCGAACCAGAUUUCCCAACAGGCAAUAAACGGAGUGAAGACUCGCGAACAAUCGUACACGGAUACAUCAUCAUCAGCAUCAUCAUUGCGGCAGUUGCUUUCGUUUGGUGUACGAAGCAGGUACUAAGUCCGUCAUUACUGUCUACCUCAACGCAUUCCUAAGGCUCAGACUGGGAGUGAAUCGAGGAAAAGCUUGAUUUUUGAUUCUUCUUCAAAGACUCUUGUGAUUUCAUGGAUUUCUUCCCCACAGAGAGAGGAGAUCUAAACAUCUAAGCAUGCGUGUGAUCCAAUGCCAGGCACGUGGUAUCAUAUAGCGAUUUUGGAAGUUCUACGUGAGUGACUGCUACCAAAUGCAUUUGUUAAUUUUUUUGUCCUCAAAUGUUUUCUUGGGAGAAGCAGUACUUGGAGAAGCAUUUUAAUAUCUGCAUGAAAUUUCGUCUCCACUUUGAUAAGUUCACCAAUACUCUUUCUGUACUGAAAUGUCAUUCUUUGGGUCCUCGUGUGCUGCAGAAUGGAGAAGCUUGGUUAAGAAAAGAUAACACGUUGGCCGCACCAAAUGAAUUUCCGACCUUAAAGGGAAAUUUUUCUUUAAGCAUGAAUUCUUUUGACAGUAAAAUUGAU